AUGAACUCCAAAAAGAACCAUUUAAACAAAGUCGGGAGGCAAACGGGGAACCCCAAUUUGGGGAGGAGGAAUAAUUCUUAUAAGGAAAACACCUACGGACAGACGAACGGAGGGAAGGUUUUCAAGUUCAUGAGCGACUUGAAGUAUAAUGGCUACGGUAAGAAACUGGACGGAACGCAUUCUGACAAGAGCUCCAGCACGAGUCGGAAUGGAAAAGCCUACGGUGUAAGUAGCAAAGGAAGAAGCAAACAACGGCAGCAGCAGGUGGAAGAGGAGGAUGACGACGAAGACGAAGACGAGGAAGAUUCCGACGAUAAUGAGGAUGAUGAUGAGGAGGACGACGGGAACGACUUAUCAGAGGAAGAAGACGAAGAAGAGGAAAGUGAAGAUGAAGACGAUGAGGGAAGCGAUGACGACGCUGACGACGACGAGACGAACAGCAGCGAAAUUAGCGAUUUCUCCGUGAAAAAAAAAGGGAAGGAAAAAAACCCACAUAAAAAUGACAACUUUUACGAAGGAAUAGAAACAUCCAGUACAAAAAAUAAAGUCAAUCCAAAAAAUUACAACUCCGAUUAUUACGAUAUUUACUCCAACAUAUAUUCCUAUUAUGAUAUUUUUACGGAAGAUAAAAAUGAAAAAAAAAAGUUCAAAUAUUUUAAGGACGUUUUUUCCAAUUUCGAUCAGAAGUAUGAAAAUAAGGAAUAUAACUACGGGGUGGACUUGAGCAAAAAGCUGCAGGAAAAACACAUCCCCAUUGCCCAUCCGAAUAAAAAAGGAAACCAUUUUGAUAAGCCCUAUACGAAGGAUAUCAGGGGAAACGCCUCUCACCCAAUUCCCAACCUCGCCGGUGCAGAAAAUAGCAACUCGAACAGCGCUGGGGGAAGUGCUAAACUUGGUAGUAACAUCAACCUUGCGUUUUUGAGCAACAAUGUUUUCCAAAAUGGUGAUGGGAAGGACCCACGGGGCCAUAAGGCAAAUAUGGACAAUAGCAACAACAGCAAUAACAGCAUUAACCAUGACAGCACUGAUGUGGCCGCAGCGAUGAAUGACCUGCGGAAUGAGUUCUAUGCCAGAAGUGGCUCCCUGAGGGCGAAGCGAAACAGCUUGAAAAAGAGCGAGGCGAACAAAGACUCGAUGCUCAAAAAUAACAGGAAGAAAUUCGUCCCCUUAAAAAGGAAGAAGAAAAAAAAAAGCACCAGCGAAGAUAUCAGUGUGAACGAUAGGGACAAUUUGAGUACGCAAUUUAGCACGAACCAGAGUACUAACCAGACUUCUGCUGCUAAUGGUGCCGAACGUGGGAACCCAAGCGUGAUUGAAUUUAAAAAGAAUCUGGGCGAUCCGAAAAAAGGGGUAGAUGACAUCUACGGCAAGCACAACUUUUCAGACAUGAGGGGAAGCGCAAACACAAGCAAGGAAAAGGUGAAGAAGAAGUUCAGCCACCCUGCGGAGGACGUGGCCAGUAUUGGUAGGAAGUCAAAGGGGAGAGGUAGAAAACCCGGCCUGUUUGACAACCAGGAAAAUAGCGAACUGAGCAGCAGCACCGUUUAUGCGAAGUAUGCGAACCCGGUGAAGGAGAGGGCCAAGUCGCAAAUGAAUGCCACGGGUGGAGCCCCCCACCGGAAAGGCAAACUUGGAAAUGUCACCAAUGUGGGCAAUACCAGCAACGUGAGUAACGGCAGUGAUACAAGCAACCUCAGCAACCCGAGCAACAUCAGCCUGGACAGCUCGUGCUCCAUCGAGCUGGACGACCCGUUGGAAGAGGGAAAAAUGGCAGACGCGAAGAAAGAAGGAAGCAUGAAAUUUUUAAAAAACCCAACCAAGAAACGAAUGAACAAGCUGAAAAAAAUCGUAGAAAUUUUGGAAUAUUCCAUCUACAAUGAAGAAAAGAAAGGAUCUAAAUUGGAGUCAAAACUGUACGACUAUGUACUCCUAACGAGGAACCUAAAGCAAGAGAUAGCAAACCUGGAAGACCUUAACAACAGCAAUAAAAGCAAAAUGGCUAACUAUGAAAAGGACAUAACCAAGCUGAAGGAACAGAACGAAGAAAUGAAACUGACUCUUUCCACAUUCGAAAAUGAGCUAAGCAGUUUAAUAAACAAAUUUGAUAAAAACUUUGCCAAAGAAUUGAUCGAUACGAAGACGCAGAAUGAUGUGCUGAAGAAGGAAGUCGAGAAACUUAAAAUGGAGAUCGAGAAAAAAAACAACGAAAUAAAGAAGAUGGAAAAUUGGAAUGACUUGUCGAAGAAGCAAAGUGGGGAGAAUGUCGUAAUGCCAACAGGGACAGGAGUAGUGCCCUCCACUGUUCACGCAUCUGGGAUUAGCAAUGCAAGUGCAACAAAUGGUCCAUUCGGUAAUGUGAAAAUGGCCAAUGGGGCUGUUAACUCCACGAACGCAGAUACCAACGGUAAUAGAAUCCCCGCACUGAGUGAUAAGCAUGAGCUCGGAGGAGACUCUGGAGGACCCCCCCAGGAGAAGAACCCCAAAGAACCAAUAACCACUCUGUACGAGUUCCCUUUUUACUAUGGUACCAGUGAAGAAAUUGAACCAUCCGUUGUUGACGAUUUAAUAGUAAAAAUGAAAACAGUCAGAAUUGUUUAUGAGAAAAAUAUCGAAAGGUAUGAUGAUGAAACCAAGGCAACAAUUUACGGCUGCUACAUCUCCAACUUUAUUUUAGAAAAUAAAGACAUAUGCAAUCACAGGAAGGUAUUGAAACACCUGCAGGAGCAUUGCCUAGUGGAAGCGAAAAUGCUGAAUGUGCAUUUGUCCCUACGGAGGGAAAGAUGCGACAAUGUGCCGAUUAAGGAACUGGAGAAGGAAGUCAUUAGGCAGCUCGAAAAUCCAGACUCGGACAAGAAUAAAGAGAAGGUACCCCUCAUCAACUCCAUUAUGCUAACCCUACUGUUUAAAAAUAUGCACAUGUAUAAUUUAUAUCGUCUCUUCGUGACUUGCUUAAAAUGCGAUAAUUUUCGGUGGAUACGUUUAAUGAAGAAGUCGCUUUUUUUGAAGUUUUUCGACCUUUGCUUGAUCGACUCGAAUGUGAAGGGGAGCAUGAACCUACCAAACGUGAAGGAAGCGCUGCUGAUCCACGUCCCGCCCGAAGAAGUACUUCCCUACCAGCAGGAAAAUCUACACUUGGAUAACUCCCACCAAGUGCAGUACCACAUUAAACACCCCAUGUUCUACUGCUCCAAUGAGACACUGAAGAGACUGAUUUCGAGCAUGUUCCUGAACUUUGCCAAGGACCCAAUCAACCCCCAAAGCUGUGACAACAUAUACCACUAUGUGUUACAGAAGAAGAACUUCGACCUGCUGAAAUUGUUAAAAUUGUCUGGCAAAAAUUACAACUAUAUAUUUAGCAAAAAUGGAGAAAACAAAACUCCACUGGACUACCUAGACAAUGAGGACAUCAAAAUUGACCUCAUUUCUGGGUACAUCCUAGACAUAGCAGGAAAGGGAGCAGAUAAUUAUAAAAACGCAAAGUACGACGUAGCGUUUGAACUAUACAGUGAAGCGCUGGAGAAACAAAUAAAGCUUUCCGAAUCCGUUAGGAUGGGUAAAUCAAUGAAUGAAAAUAUAGGGAAGCUUUACUACAACAGAGCUAGGACAUUAAUGCACCUGAACAAGUGGAUUGACGUUAUUGAAAAUUGCAACAACUGCUUGAAAUAUAUUCCCAAAUAUAUUAACGCGUUUGACACACAGAUACACGCGUAUGAAAAUUUGUUAGAAUAUGAAAAUGCCCUCAUGACGUAUAAAAAUAUGUGCAUGAAAUGUAACAUUAAACCGGAUGAUAAGGAAGACAAGCUAAAGUCACAAAUAAACGCCACGUCUUUUCAAAUUCUAAAUGUGAACAGAAAUUGCUCCGUCGCAGAAAUCAAGCAGGCCUUCUCCAAUUUAUCCAAAAAGUGGCACCCUGACAAACUUGGCAUAAACAGUAGUCCAGAUAUUAAAAAAAGACACAACAAUCAUUUUAAGAGACUUUUUAAGGCUAAGCAGCUGCUCCUGAAUGAUGCGGAAAGGUUGAAGGAGAAGAAGAAAAAAGAGACCAACUAUGUGUAUCCUCAAAUUAUCGAAGAUGUCAACAACCAUUUAUUUGGCAAUAACAGAACCGGCUCGCAUAACAGGCAGAAAAAGGCGGCCACGUCAAGUGAUAGCGUAAACGCUACAUCUCACCAAAGAGAUGGUAACGUUGCCAACAAUUCCAGCAACACGAAUGACAGUGGUAGUACCCCUCAUAAGGAUCACCUAACAGACAAUGUAGGAAACACCCCCGUUAACAACAACGCAGGCACAUUUAACAACUCAACCACGCAGGGGUCCACCUUUUCCAGCGAAGGAAAGAACAACUUCUACCACACGUAUAAAGACGACAUAGACAAAUUUCAGGAGAAGCUAAAAAACUUCAACAAAGGAUUGAACAGCGAAACGGACAGCAACAAAAAUGCCAACCCGUUCUUGAACCUCUUCGAUGGGAAACUCACCAACCUAAAUAACGAAAAAGUGGAUGAAAAUUUUUACAAAAAAUUGAAAGAGGAAUAUGAAGGACUCUCCGAUGAUGAGAUCACCAAUUUUAAAACGAAAAUUUCCAACUCGAUUAACAACCUCAUACAGACGGAACUGAACUUGAAGAGAGAAUACCAGGAGCUGUGCAUAAAGGAAAAGACAAAUGUCAUUAUGAAUGCCCGCCUCUGCAUUUUGCAAGAGAUACAAAAAGCGUUGUGUGUGCGAUUGGAUAAAGAGAGGAAGCUGAAAGUGCUAGAUAGCAUAAUUAAGGGAAGAAGUGGGGAACAAUCCGUUAAUCAGGGUAAAACAAAUGAAAGUGUUGACGCUACAGAAGAGGAGAUCCCACGCGAAGGCGAAAGGGAUGCUGCUGAUCCACAAGGGGAAGACGGAAAGGAAAAGGAUUAUGUGCAAAAGAACUCAUCCAAGUUUGCAAAGGGCGCAUCCGAACCGGAGGUCAAUUGGGAAAAAUCCAGAAGGAAAAGCAACGCCGAUGAUAAUGGUGACCGCUUUUUCGAGGAUGCAGCAUUUUUUCAAAAUGCGCAGAACAGUAAAGGGGAUAACGGACUUGCGUCAUCAGACCAAAAGAAACAACACCCCGAAGGAAGUGAUGAACAUGGUGGAGAAGGCGAUCAUUCCAUGGAUGUUAGUGACGAUGGAGAUGACUCCGGAGAGCAACGUGCCAAUAAGCGAAACGGAGACCAAAUGGAACACGCAAAAAAUACGCAGAAAGAAGCUGAGGAAGAUAAAAUGCACGAAGGCGCCGCCAAGAAGUUCUUCCACGAUGACGACAGGGAAUACUUCGAGGACAGACAAAAAAAUAAAAACACUCCAAGUGGAAACAGCAACGAUUUUACAGGGGGUGACAAUGUCGAUCAGAGAAGUAUGGGAAAAAAGAAAAACGCAGAUUUUAAGGACAACAACCUACAGUGGGAGGAAGACGAAACGGAGAAAGGUGACGGAAAAAAAAACGUGAAAAACAAAAUGGCCACAGAGAACGACCAUGAGGACUUCAUAUUUUGGGAUGCGAAGGGGAAUGCUCACCACGAGGGGAAGGAGACAUCAUACAUCUUCGAGGGUUCUGAUAUAUUCCAAGGGAAAAGUCAAGUCAAAAAUGAUGGCAAUAACAUCUUCGACAGUGUCAGUGCUAAUCAGCCGAGUCAGGCCAACCAACCAUUUAGGCACUCAAACGGACUACCCGGAGAGAGCAACUCCAUGGGGGAAUAUGAAAAAAGCUUCACUGGUGACAGGUUAGAGGAGAACAAUUUUUUUUUCUCAAGUAAGGGCAACAAAGGGAAGAACAGCCUGAACAAUGCAGCGGGAUCGUUUUACGAUGGGAAUGAGAACGACAGUUUUGCUAGCAAGGGAAAAGGGGAUGCGGCUCAACAAGACGUAGAAGGGGAAGACGAAGUAGGAAGUAACAGUCCAAUGACCAACAGUCAACAUUUCGCAAAAUCGAUGAAUGAAAGGGGCCCGUUUGAUUUCCCCCACGUAGGCAAUUACGAUUACGAGUUGGAAAGUCGCACCGGUGAUGGGGAAGCCCCAAAUAUCGCCUCGGGGAACAGCGCAAAUGCCAACUCGAAUAAAAUGAAUUUCCCGAAUGAGGAGGAUGUGUACGACUACCACAGGGGAAGAAUGAAGGAUAUGAUGGGCACCCCAAAUGGGACACCUGGAAAUGUGAAGAAGGUCCCCCAGAACGGUAGCAACAGCUCCGAUAGCAGCGAACAAAGUGACGGAGAUGAGGACAUCCAGCACGGCGUUGGGAUGACGACAAAUAAUGGCAUGACAAAUAGCGCAGUGCCUGGUAGCUCCUCUCACUAUAAUAACAAUUUCCACGUGGAUCGCUCCACUGAUAACCACAGCGAUGAUAGCUACCUUAGAAAUGACCCCUACGAAACGACGAAUCAGCGUCAUAUACACGGUGUAGGGAAAAAGCAUCCCCCCAAAAAAGAAGCAGACCAUAACAUAGACGGUGAAGAAAACGACCCAGUUAACUACAACAGCUUGAAGGAGGAGCAAUUCGCAACAAUGCGAUUUCCCGGUAGCAACAGCUACGCGAACAAAGGCGUAGACCAAAAUAUGUUUAACCUACUUAACAUGGACGCCAACCUAGCAGGAAGUAACUCCUCUGCAAAUUUAAAUUCGACCUACGCAGAGAAAUUUGUGAAGAAAAAUUUAAUGUACUCUAAUGACGCCGUGGACAGAGAGAGGAGGCGAAGUAGCUUCAAGCAGCAGACAGGCACAAAGUAUGCCAGCGAUGGGGAAGAAGUAGGAAAAGGCGAAAAUUUUUACGGGCUCUAUAAUGAUAGUAUUGGGGGGCAUAGUGGUGGUGAUCACCAAGUGAACAACUUCGAUGCCCCGUUUUUUAGCCAACCCGCAAAUGGAAGAAAAAAUGGAGAUCGCAACCCAACCGCACGAAGGGACAGCAACAACGCCGAAGCUUUUCCUCCCCAUUUAAGCAGCUAUGAAUAUGAACAGGAAGUCGAAUCACAACAACAGACGCCAAUUCGCAUGUCGCAGCAGGGAUACAAAAAUGCAGAAGGGGGAACCUUCUAUAACAGCCCCAAUAGCGAUGCCCACUACGCCAACGAACGGUAUGAGGAAAAUUAUCAGCACGAACAGGGACACAACAGUUACUACGCACCCGAUGAGGAUGAAGACACACCAAGUGGUCCAAACAAUGACGAUGAAAAAAAUUUCUUCCAAACAGAUAUUAACACAAAUGAAGGUAAUACAAGUCAUCUGUAUGACAAUGAUAUGAACAGUCCAUUCCCUGAAGAGGAGAUGGACUCCAAAGAAGAUAGCUUCCUCUAUGAUGACAAUAAUUUUCCGAACAGUAGUUCCAACUUUUACGCAAAUCAACUCAACAAGUCAUACAAUUAUGAAAAUAUAAAAGUGAGAAAUUCACUUAUGCACAUAAACGAAAAUGAAGAAAAAAAUAAAAAUGUGAAAAAAAUAUUUUCGAAUGAUUUAACUUCCAUUUCGUUGGAUAAAGAAUUUAAUCAGAAGAGUAAAUUCUCAUUCAAUCAAAAAGUGGACAAACAGAAAGUGAAAAAUGGCAAAGUCCCCAAUGAGGAAAAUAAUUACAUCAAGUUGAAGAAGUCCUCCCUAGAUAAGGGAAACCCCAAAGUUGAUGCGAGUAAAGCCAAGCCCUUUGUCUUAUCGUCGGGGACAACGAUGGGUGGUACCGCUACCCCUGCUACUGCACCCGUCGAAGGUUCUCUACCGAAAAAAAUUUUUAAAAAAAACGUGAACGCAGAUGACAAACACAAGACUGCCGAUCAGAUGAAACGGGGGAAGGGAAAAACCACGGACAGCGGCGUCACGAACGGCAGUAGGCAAAACAAGUGA